AUGGCCGGCUUCCAGCCAAACACUCAGAGGCAUACGGCUCAUAAUCUGUUGGAACAGGAAGCGCCCUUCGCGUACACAUGGCCCAAUGCCCACACAACAAAUGGGACGUGUGGCCUAGAGAUGGCCAAUGUCUUGUACAAAGCCAGUUCAUUAUGGAGAAAUGCAAUCCCAAACUCUGACUCAGCAGCCUGGUGUUUGUGGGAACGGAAGGGCGUUUCUUUGACGCCGUCUCUGAGCGGUUUCACACACCUGAACACCUGGAAAUCAAAACCUCUUAAUUCUCUGAACACCUUUCCCGAGGCUCAGGAGAAGGCUGACAUUUUUGAGGAACCUCUAACCCGUGUGAUAACGUCUAACCAGAGUGGAUCAAGAGAAACGCGGCUUAUCGUAACUCUUCCUGAUAAAAAUCCGGAUGAAGACAUUUCCCCCAAGCCUACCAUUUUUUUCCCUUCAACUACUGAAGUAAAACUCCAUGACGCUGGAACGUAUCUUUGUCUUCUUGAGGAUUUCUUCCCCGAUGUUAUCACGAUAGAUUGGAAAGAAAAGAAUGGCAAAACAGUUCUGCAAUCCCAGCAUGGAAACACCGUGAAAACUAAGGACACAUACAUGAAAUACACUUGGCUGACCGUACCUAAAAUGUCAAUGGAUAAAGAACAUAAAUGUAUCGUCAAACACGAGAGGAAUAGAGGAGGGGUUGCUCAAGAGAUACUUUUUCCUUCAAUAAACAAAGGUUUGGCGGAGGCGAAACAAUCGGUAGUGGACCCCCAGGGGCGUUCAGACACAAGGCGAAACACUGGGGUGGUAACUGUGAGCCCUGUGGGUUCUCUGUCCUCCUCACCGGUGACCUGGGCUGCGGAGCUCACUGCCAUUAACUCCACAAAAGCUUUUCUGAGAGAUGAAAAUG